GAAAAGUGGAUGCAUCCACACCAGUGCAUCCUCUCUGGAUCCACCCUUGGGUAGAAGUAAUCCUUCUCUACCCACACGGGUUGGAGAAGCUGUUUGCCAAAAGCUUUGUGUCUUGUAGAUGGAAAGUGCUACAGAAAUGCAGAGCAGUAUGUAAAUGUAAUUCUUCUGCUCAGGGAAGAAUGCAGUGUGAUAUUUAAGGGCUUGGAUUUUUAAAUGCAUGUGGUUGCUUUAUUAUUAGCUGUAUCUAAGUGGGGUAGGUCUGCUAGGUGUUCAGGGAGUAUGUGUUUGUAGGGGAGGAUGGGGGCUGUCACAUAGUCUAUUUUCAUCCAGUCCAGGGCAGGGAAGGAUCUGGCCAUCCUCCUGUGUGUUUCUCUAUGAGAAUAUGGAAUUACCUGUUUGCUUUUUUCCUUGUCCUGGUACAGGGUUCCACACCCUGACAGUCCCCACCUGGCGACCUGUGGAGCUGGGGACAGUCUCUGAGCUGAGGAGGUUUUUCAUUGGUGGCUCCCCUGAACUGGAGGACAUGACUUAUGUCAGGGUGCCAACAACCUUCAAGGGAGAGCGUCUGAGCCGCUUUGGCUUCCGCACAGAGACAACAGGGAGCGUCACUUUCCGGCUUCACUGCUUGCAACAAUCCAAGGCCUUCUUAGAGUCCAGUGCUCAGAGGACGCGCAUGCAGAGUGUGCUGGACCGGUUGGGAGGCUUCAGCCAGCAGAGCUCUCUCUACACUGUCCUCGAGGCAUUCCAGAAGGCACGGCGACGGAUGCAGGAAGCACGUGAGAGCCUUCCUCAGGACCUGAUCAGCACCUCUGCCUCCACUGUGUACCAGCCAUAACUAUCCUGCUACUCUACUGGACGGAAGCCUAGCAGAACUUCCCUCUGCUAGAAGUACCUCUUAUACUACACAUGUUAAUAGUGGCAUAAAUGGCAAGGAUGUUACACAUGCAUUCAGUUUAAGGAGCCAUAAAAUGGUAAACCAGCCAUAAAGGUGUAGAACAUUUUCUGGCUGGUUUGUAUGGCACCUUAAAUUGACUGUAUGGCAGAUCCAGCCCCAGGACCAAAAAGCAGCUGGUUAUCGGCUCCAGCCCAGCCCCAGACUUGUGGGUAUCCAGCUUUCAACUUGCUGGUAUUGGGGGAGUCUUGGAUCAUGAUCCCUGGCAAGUAAAAAGGGCACAAUUAGGGUAUGAUGUGGCAUGGCAGGAGGUGUGAUUGUUGGGAUUCGGGAUCAGCUCCCAUGGUGUCAUUAACGAAAUGUGUGUCAGUGUCCAUAGUCUCAUCUCCUGCCCUUUAAAACUUUACAACUACUUCCUGCUGCGCUUGUCUGGGGGAAAGGAGACUAGGAUGCCCACCCCUUAAAUUUUUCCCUUGUAUCAGUACUGGCAUAAGUAGAGGGAGCAAUUUCCCUUUCAGCUGACUACCUUAAAAUCCCAUUUGAUGCUCCAUGUUAGAGUCAAAACCACAACCUGCCUUGGAGCUGGAUGUAUCCAGCUGUGCCUGGGACCCUGCUUGGGAGGGUAAUGAGUUGCCAGGCUGGCCUUGGUGCUAAUGUCCAGAUACAUCUGUUUAGAGUAUUCCAUACGUGGUUUGAUACGAGGUGAAGCUGUCAUGCUGAUCAUGAGAGAGAUUCAGGAAGCCUCCAAAAGCUGAGCAUGGACCUCAGGCCUUAAGCCCUGGAGAUAGUAGCCCCCUUCCUUCUUGGGAGUGGUGUCCAAGAGAGGUUUUGCAUAGAACCCAGGGCAGGCUUUACCCUGCUUCCUGUGACCCUCCCACCAGCAGUUCCUUUCUGCUAGCCCUUCAUCAAAAGCCAUCAGUGCAAACCAAGCUUGGACCAUGGGUUCGUCUAAGAGUGCCAGUAUUGCAUCAAGAAGUGUGAGCACAUAUGCAUUAUGCUGCAAGUCCUGCCCUGAUUAAACUCAGUCAUUCCAUGAUCUGCCUGCUGCAGAUGUACAGCAGGGCAAUGAUGGAAGGUUAACGAUGCAGGGUGAGGAUUCUAACUCAGAUGGUUCAGACAACACCUUAGCAGUUUUAUUGCAUGACUAGAUGGCAGUUCUCUUUGCCAUGAAAACUCACUUUCGGUCAUAGCUGGAGCUUUGUUACCAAAAGCUUUGCAAAAUCUUUGCUGGAUUUUUGGCAAUUGGCAAAUCUCAGCUACAUUAGUAACUGACAUGUUCUCUCUCCUGUAAGAAGGUGGUUGGAGGUUGUGGGAUUGUGCUACUGCAGAUCUGUGUAAUGAAGUAUGUAGGACCUGGACAAAGGACUGUUACUGUUAACAAUAAGCCUAUGUAGAAGUUGGGUUGUCACUAAAAUUGAUUGUCUC